UCCAAACAUCGGUAAGUGUUAGUAGAAUUGGAAAUUGUGGUGGGUAUUGAAGAAAAUGCUGAAUGAUGAAGUAGUGGUACAUCCAUGAAAGGUAUAUCUUUCUCACAAGCAUUAUCAGCCUUUGAAUUCACAUACAUCGGCUGUGCUACAUGUAACGGCUACAUCAAACCCACAAUUGUUGCUAAGAAGACCAACAAUUCCCAUACACCCUCUUCUAAGGAUACUGAUACGCCUCCUCCAAGGAUUACAUCAAACUUGAAGCAGAAUUUGCAGUUCCUAAAAUUAUGGAAGGAGUUCCAAAAGAGAAAAUCCAGUACUCCAAAGCCUGCUACUAGUUAUCGUAAGAAGAAGGUGGAGAAGGAAGAACUGCCAGACAAUGAAGAGAUCUACCGGGAUCCUACAUUGGCACUAUACUAUACAAAUCAGGUAUUGGAUACUGCUGUUCCCGUCUUGCUUGUUGAUGGAUAUAAUGUGUGUGGAUAUUGGCCAAAGUUGAAGAAGCAUUUUAUGAAUGGAAGCCUUGACAUUGCUCGUCAAAAACUCAUUGAUGAACUUGUAUCAUUCAGUUUGCUAAGAGAGGUGAAAGUGGUGGUUGUAUUUGAUGCUAUGAUGUCUGGAAUGGCUACACACAAGGAAGACUUUGAGGGCGUUGAUAUAGUAUAUUCAAGUGAAACAUGUGCUGAUGCAUGGAUUGAGAAGGAGGUGGUCGCUUUAAGGCAGGAUGGGUGUCCAAAAGUAUGGGUUGUCACAUCUGAUCAUAAUCAGCAGCAUGCAGCCUAUGGAGCAGGGGCUUUUGUUUGGAGCUGCAAGGCCUUAAUCUCUGAGAUUAAAGCUUCACACAAGGAGGUUGAGAGAAUGCUGCGGGAACAUAGAUCUACUUCUAUGCAAGGUAAAUUGUUAAAGCACAACCUCGGUGCAGAAGUUGUGGAUGCUCUGAAGGACCUCAGGGACCAGCUUUCUCAAAAUGAGACGCGCAGAUGAUAAGUCUCACGAGAGACUAUGUCAGAGACCGAAGCAGAAUUUUAAGUCAAUGGAUGCGAAGUUCUAACUGCCCUAAUAACUUUAUGACUUUAUAUUUGGAUGUGUGUUAUAGACACAUAUAAACCAAAUGUUUCAACCACAUGUGUGCAUCUUGGGCUGAUGCUGCCUUCAACAUUCAUCCGCAUCUGGGUUAUUCCUUGUGCCAACAUCAUGGAGAUGCAUACAUUUUUUGAAACUACUGUUGAGUAUUUACAAGUUA